CCUCUCCAUGGCGGCCACGGCGGCGCCGUCGCCGCCGGCGAUCGCGACAGCCCUAUCCGCCCUGCUGCGCCGCCGGAAGAACGGCGCCCGUUUCCUAAGGGCUUCGCAGGCGAGAUGCAUAUCCUCCGACGCGAACGCCGAGGCGGCGUCGAGCCGGAGGGGAGGCCACGGCGGGACGCGCCUGGAGGAGGCCGUGCCAGCCGGAGAGGGCCGCUCGCGUAUCGAUGCGUGGAUCUCCUCAAGGCUCGGCGGCGGAGGCGUCAGCCGCGCUCGUGUUCAGGCGAGCAUCCGCGCCGGCCUCGUCGCCGUCAAUGGCCGGCCCGUCUCCAAGGUUUCACAUAUGGUGAAAGGUGGAGACAUGGUCAGCUGCACGGUGUCGGAGCUACAGCCUCUAAGAGCAGAGCCAGAGGACAUCCCACUGGACAUUGUUUAUGAGGAUCAGCAUCUUCUUGUUGUGAACAAGCCGGCUCAUAUGGUUGUUCACCCAGCACCAGGAAAUGCAAAUGGCACCUUAGUCAAUGCUAUACUUCACCAUUGCAAGAUUUCAACCUUUACAUGUUUAGCACGUAAUUCAACUGAUGAUGAAUGCCCUGAUUCUUCAGACGAUGACAUUGAUGUGUUUCACGUUGAUCAAUUUACUACUGGUGAAGUAAGUUCAGAAGUCCGUGAAGCUCUUGUGCGUCCUGGUAUCGUGCAUAGGCUUGAUAAGGGUACAAGUGGACUUCUCGUUGUAGCUAAGGAUGAGCAUUCUCAUGCACAAUUAGCAGAACAAUUCAAGCUGCAUACAAUACGUAGAGUGUACAUCAGUCUUACUUGUGGUGCACCAAAUCCGAAUUCUGGCAGGAUUGAAGUUCCUAUAGCUCGUGAUCCUAACAAUCGGAUCCGUAUGAUCGCCACUCCUGGAUCAGGCCAUAGAUAUGCACGACAUGCCGCUAGUAGGUAUAAAGUAAGGGAGGUCUUUGCUGGUGGUGGAUCAGCAUUGGUGGAGUGGAAAUUGGAGACAGGGCGCACUCACCAGAUCCGAGCACAUGCAAAGUACCUUGGAAUUCCCCUUCUUGGUGACGAAACAUAUGGAGGUACCAAAAGCAUGGCACUGUCACUUUUGAGACCCAGAACUUCUUCAAGAUAUCAUUGUGAUCUUUCAAAUCUGAUAGCAAAGAUAGACAGGCCAUGUCUCCAUGCCGCAUUGCUUGGAUUCAAGCAUCCUCAUUCAGGAAAGAUCCUUGAAUUCUCAUGCCCCCCACCAGAUGAUUUUACUGAGGUCCUCAAUGAACUUCGUCGUGUUACACCAAGUGAUGGCCAAAAUGGUGGCAGUGUUGCUCACAUUUCUGAGUAGUGCAAAGCAGAAAUCAGACAAAAUGCUACUGAGGAAAUGGUAUGCCUGGUCUAGGCCUUGAAUACCUGACUUGUGCAUUCUGACCGAGGGACAAUAUUGCAAAUACAGAAUUGAAACAAGUUACAAGCAUGCCUUCCCACUUCUGCAUAGUCUGAGCCUCUGACGAAUGGGGCUAAAAUGUCUUAAUCCGGAGGUCCUCGUGCUUUCCAUAUGUUCAACGAGAGGGUAGGACGACACCAAAGAUGAUGAACAAAUCAAAGUUAA